AUGGACGCCGUCGACCAGUCAGAACACUACCAGGAGACGACGGCCGACGAGACGCCGUCCCUCCUGUCCAUCAUCCUCGACACCAAUCCACGCGCCUGGGCCGCUUUGGGUGACACCCUGCCCAUGUCCCGCGCUAUUGCCAACAUCCUCGUCUUCGUCAACGCUCACCUGGCGUUCAGUAACGCGAACCAAGUGGCCAUCGUAGCCUCGCACGUCAACCGCGCCGCAUGGCUAUACCCCCGGCCUCUCCCAGCCGAUUCUUCUUCCUCCGCCUCGUCCUCCAAACCCGACGUCGACAUGAUGGUGGACGAUAGUAGCGGCACCGCAGCGGCAACACCAAGCUCGGCCAACAAGUUCCCCCAGUUCGCCCGCAUCGAAGCCGCCGUCCUCUCUUCUGUGCGACAGCUCGUCGGCAGCACGACGAAACAAGACCUCGAAUCCACGACGACACAGCUAUCCGGCGCCCUCACCCUAGCCCUCUGCCACACCAACAAGGCCUCCCAGGCACUCGGCGCCUCCACCGCAGGGAGCGGCGGCACGGACGCCGCAUCCAAGGCCGUCAGCGCCGCCGCAAACCAGCCCCCACCGCCGCUCAAGGGCCGCAUCGUCGUGAUAUCUGUCUCCGACUCCGAGCCCGCCCAGUACAUACCCACCAUGAACGCUGUCUUCGCCGCGGCCCACGCCCAGGUGGCCAUCGAUGCCCUGUCCCUUUCGGGCGACCCGACGUUCCUCCAGCAGGCAUGCUACAACACCGGGGGCACCUUCCUCUCCGCCCCCAACCCCCAGGGUAUCCUGACAUACCUCAUGUUCGGCCUCGUCGCCGACACCGAGGCCCGCCGCUCCCUUAUCCCCCCGACGCACAACUCAGUCGACUUCCGCGCCGCGUGCUUCUGCCACGGCCGCGUCGUCGACACCGGUUUCGUCUGCUCUAUCUGUCUCAGCAUCUUCUGCGAGCUGCCCGAAGAUGCGACAUGCCCUACAUGCGGAACCAAGCUCGCCCUUGGCACGUAUGGUGCUAAGCCUGCCGUCGUGCCCCGCAAGAAGAAGAAGAAGAAGAAGAUUGUCAACGGCUCCGUGCGAGAGGAUACCAGUAGUCUCACGAGCACACCACGUCCUGCAUAG